AUGUCGAAAGAUUCUUUAAUUUGUCCCAUCACAUUUGAAGUAUUUCGAGAUCCAGUGGUCGCUGAAGAUGGACACACAUACGAGAGACAAGCAAUUACUGAUUGGAUAAAAAAGGAUGGUACAAGUCCAAUUACCCGUCAGAAGUUAACGAUUGAUACACUGCGACCAAACUAUACGGUUAAAAAGAUCGUAGAAGAAAUUGAAAACAAUCAACAGCAAAAAUCACAUAAAGUGUCUUCAGCUCAAAAUGAUGAUACCAAAAUACCAUGCGAAUUCUGUGAUGAAUUAGUAGAACUUAGUAAAUAUGAAACGCAUACGAAUCGUUGUUUUCAAAAAGAAACAGAUCGAACAGAUAGUAGAAUGCAAUUAAUACCGUCAGAAAAAUUUACUGAAAUGGUGCUAUGUGAGAAUUGUAAUCAGUCUUAUGAUGUUUCACAUUUGGACCAACAUAAAAGAAUGUGUUUGAAAUAUCCAGUAAAUCAGAAACAAUCGAGCAGAAGUACUGUGGAUUCUAUUUUAGCAGCUCUUAGAAUCGACAACAAGGAUAAUCCUGUUCAGCAACAUCCAAAUUUAAAUGAUGUCUAUACUAAUGAUAUCAAAUCAUCUGCAAGUCCAUUUUGUUUCAACGUUCGUUCCACUGUAGAAUCAGCUCCCCGUGGAACACUACUUAGUAAUGUACGAAAUCUAACACAUCUGGAAUAUAGGAAUGCCAACCAACGGACGACUCUCAAUUCUUCGGACAAUUCUAACAGCCUUCCUAAUCAAAGUAUCGAUAAUUCUUCGUAUACAAGGUCGUGUGAAUAUGCUAAUCCAUAUCUGGAUGAUGUAAAUUAUUACAAAUACGAGGCGCAUGAAUCUUUAAACUUUUAUCGACAGUAUUCAGAUUGUAAUGACACCAUCAGUCCUCCUUACACUCAACAGUAUGAAGGUAUUAAUCCUUAUCUAGAUGAAGAGGAUGGUACUGAUACUAAUCAUCGACAAUGGAAUAUGAGAUACAAUAAUUCCCAUUCCGGGCAUCCGGAUCCAAAUUGGCAGGAAACUACUAGGCCUCCUUAUACUGAAAAUUGCGAAUAUCCAAAUCCGUAUUUAGACGAAUAUAACAAUUAUUAA